UUUUCUUUUCUCCCCCAGCAAUUCUAGGGUUCCGUCAAUCCAGGCGUAGAGACUCGACGGACGGAGUUAGUUUCGCCAGUUUAGGUGGAGAGUCUCGCUCCUGUGCAUGUUUUCUAACCUAGCGACAGAAUUACAGUCACGCCGUCACUGCUGAUGCGCAAUUUGGUGUUGCCGAUUCGUCGUCUGCCCUUGCAGUUUAAAAUAAAGACGCGAGCUUUGAACUCGUACCGCGAUCAUUUAUAUCUAUUAAUAUUUGUUUACCCGUUGUCGCGAGCGCAUGUUGAAGGGCGCAACGAGGCUAUCUUGGCGAAGCAUGACUCCGACAUUUAACGGAGCGCCGUGGUUUGGGUGGAAUUUCCGCCUGGCUUGGGGUUUCCCGUUUUAAGCGGCUCGACUUAGCGUGUCUUCUGCAGGCCCCACCAUGAGCCGCCAUUACAGCGCCACCCGCACCUCCAGCGGGGGCGCCGUCCACGAGCGUUCCCCUCCGCCUCUCCGCCCGUCCGCCCCCCCCCAUUCCGCGCACGCGCUGGACUUUAAAGUCGCGCCCUCGGCGGGGGAGAACGGCGCAGUGCGGGACGGCGGAAUCGGUGGCGGAGGGGGAAGAAGCGCGCCGAGCAGGAGAGGGGCUAUGUCAGGCGUGGGCGAGCCUCCGCCUCCGCCCUUAGGCUCUUUUUCCUCCCCCUCCCGCUCCUCCCCCUCCGCUUUCCGCCAUCCGCGCUCCACUAACAUGCACCUCCCAAAAAGCUCUACUUCCGCCAGCCAGCGCAUGCCCCGUUCCGCCUCCGCCGCCCCCUCCCCCACCCGCUCCGCUUCCGCCGCUGGCGGCGGCGCUGGGGGAGGAUUGCGCUCGCCCGUAUCGUCCGUAGGAACGGACGAGGAGCUCGCGGCUCUAAUGGCUGCAUCGUCUUCCUCUGGUGCGUCGGACGCCGCCGCUCUGCCCUUCUCUGUGCUGGCGCAUAGUGGGGGAGGGAUGGCGGCGAGUAGUGGCGCAGCAGGGGGAAGAGCGUCGGGCGCUUAUUCGCGGAGCGGCUCAUUUUUUUAUGGCAGCUCGUCCGCGGUAGGCGGAGGAAGCGCAGCGGCAGAAAGGGUAGCGGAGAGAGUAGCGGAGAGAACAGCAGCAGGAGGAGGAGGCGGAGGAGGAGGCGGAUCAGGCAGCGGCGGCGGCUACAGUGGCAGCGGUGGUGAUGGUGGUAGGAUUGGUGGAGCGGGGAGCUUGCAGGCUGCGUUUUCGCGGUCCAGAAGUAGAGGAGGGGGGGGGAGUAGUGGGGGAGGGGAAGCGUAUAGUGAAGAGAGCGAGGGGGGUGGGAGCGACUUUGGAGGCGGAGGGAAGAGGGGAAAGCCGGGCCAGCAGCAGCGGCAGCAGCAGCAGGGGCUCACACGUAUGGGCAGUGGUAGCAGUGCAGGGAGAAGCCGUAGAUCCUCCAGUGGAGGCGGAGGGGGAGGAGGAGGAGGAGGAGGAGGGGGAGAAGGAUCGGACGAUCAACUGCAUAAAGCCUCUGACACCUUCCGCCCACACUCUUUGAUCUCGCACUCUGAUUACUCGGACGCCCCUCUCUCUCACUCAGACUCCAAUCUCUCCCGCUCUGGCCCUCGCUCUGCCUCCAUCCCCGUUAUAAGGACCAGUAGCUUCUCCCGCCGGCCCCCCUCUGGUGCGUCGACCUCUUCUGCUGGUUCGUUUAGCUCCUAUGGGUCUGCAGGAGAGGGAGGGGGAGAGGAGAGGAGGCGAGGGAGGAGAGGGGUAGUGGAGAGAGGAGGAGGAGGAAGGGGAGUGGCAGCGGGGUUGGGCGUGAUGGCAGACGGAAGGGGGGAAGAGGAUGGGAGGGUGGUGGCAGUAGUAGCAGCAGAGGGGAGGAGUAGUGACGGCAGGGGAGCAUGGAGGAGAGGGGCGCCGUUGGAUGAAGCUGUGCCUGAUGUUGCUUGGAACAGGAACGGGCAUGGGCAGGGGCAUGGGCAUGGGAGAGGGAAUGGGUCGGGCGGGGGCACUGGUCAUUCGUUACUGUAUGAACAGGACGGACAGGAGGGGAAGGAGAAGGGCGAGGAGGACGAGGAGGAAGAGGAGGAGGAGGAAGAGGAGAAAGAGGAGGAGGAGGAGGAGGAGGAGGAGAGGAGGAGGGGCAGAGCGGAGGGAAACGGGGGCGAUUUCUUUCAAAGGCAGAGCAGCACGGGCAGUGGGCACAUGCCCGUCCCUACUCCUCCAAAGCACCCCCCUCAGCUCCCCACACAUGCCAGAGCCCCUCCCAAUCGCCCACUCACCCCUGAACCGCCCCCUAGACGACCCUCCAGACCGGAUCUCCCAAACUCCAAGCCUUUUUCCCCGGAUUCGCCUGCAUAUGCCAGGGGCGAGAGAGGGGCGGGCGGUGGAUUUGCGGGGGAGAGCAAGAGAGGGAGUUGGAGAUUAGCUGCGUUAAGGAGACCGGGUAUGGCGGGUUCUAGUGGGGGAGGGGGUGGGAGUGGAGGAGGGGAGACGGACAGGGACAGCUGUGGGAGUGUACAGAGCUGUAGUGAGAGGGAGGGGGAGGAGGAGAGCUGGGCGGAGGAAGGGAAGAGGCAAGGUUAUGGAGGAGAGGAGGAGAAGGGAGUGGGCGGGGCUGGUGACUGGAAGGAGUCUAGGGGCAGUAGGUCGAUGAGGGAGAGUGGGACUGCGGUGGGGGCAGGUGGGGGGAUGGGCGUCGGGAAAGGUGGGGGGGGAGGGGAAGGGGCGUUUGGCCCUCGAUCCGUUUCGGAUGGGAAUCAGAGGGCAGGGUUAGAGAGAGGGCAGGGGAGCCGAUUGGGUCACGGAGGGAGUGGGGCUGGUGGAAGAGAGAGAGGAGGAGGAAGCGGAGGAGGGGGAAGAGGAGGAAUUUUGAGAGAAGGGGACGGGGAUUGGAAUGUGGGUGUUGUUACGAGGGAAGGUAGCGGGCUGUCUCAUGCUGUGUCUCCUAGUCCUUCCUUCCUUGCUGCUGCUGCGGCUGCCUCGACUGCUCUCCGCCCUCCUAAUGCCGCCACUCAUGUGAUCCGACGAACAGGGUCCGGAACAAGAGGCGUAGUCACUGCUGCUGCUGCUGCUGCUGGGUCUGGUGGUGCUGCUGAUUCUGAGUAUGCGUGGGAGGAUAAUAUGGAAGGAGAAUCGGAAGUGAGCGAAAACGAGAAAGCAGGGAGGAGCGGGCGAACCGCACCUGCCAAGUCAGUUAAUGCAAGUCUCGUGCAAAGUGGGCAAGGUGGGAAGGAUCUGUCAGGGCCGAGUAUGCUUGGGAGCGGUGAUGUUCUGUUGAUAGAGGUUGACGAGGCAAAGAGUGAGAAGAGAGAGAGGAGGGAGAGGGAAAAGAGGGAAAAGGCUGAAAGCAGAGGGACGGGGGAGAGCCGAGAAAGGAGGGAUGUGAGGGGACGGGAGAACGAGGAGAGGAGGGAGAAUGGGAGUGGGGACAAAUCUGGGGGGAAAGAGGAGGGGGAAAGGUUAGGGAGGGAUGGUGGUGGGGAGAGGAGGGUGCAUAGAACACUUACUCGAUACGAGGGGCAUGAGAGGACUCUGGCCAAGUGUGGACGAACGCUGACUAGGUACGGCGAAGAGAAGGAGAGAGGGGGAGUGAGUGCAACGGAUGGGAUAGAUAGACGGGCUAGAAGGACGCUGACCACUUAUGGGGGGAGUUUAAUGAAAUUUGGGAGUGGGGAGGAGAGACGGAGUGGGAGAGAGAGCGGGAGUGAGAAGGAAAGAGGGAGUGGGAAGGGGAGAGGGAAUGAGAAGGAGAGAGGUAACGACGGCGGGAGUGGGAAAGAGAGAGGGAGUGGGAGAGAGAGAAAGAGUGGGAAGGAGGGAGGAAGUGAGAAAGAGGGAGGGAGUGGGAAGGAAAGGAGUGGGGAAAAGAGAGGUGAUAGGCCGGGUGAGAGAAGAGUAAGCAGGCAGUCGAGCUCAACUAGUGCUGCUGAGGGGAGUGAUGGGAUGCAGAGAGAGAAGGAAAAGGACGGAGAUAGGGAGAGGAGCAAGGAGAAGGACAGGGAGAAACGGAAAGAGAAGGACAGGGAGAGAAGGAAAGAGCGGGAGACGGAGAAGGAGAGAGAACGAGAGAAAGAAUUGCAGAGAGAGAGCUCCAGGGGGUCUAGGGAGGGAAAGAGGGAGGGGGAAGGGCAGGGGUUGGGACGUAGAAGCAUGGAGAGACAUAAGAGUGCAGGGGUGGAGAGAGAGGAGAGGAAGAGAGAAAGGAAUGGGUUGAGUCGAGUGGAUGAGUUGUGUGAUACAGAGCUGGAUAGUACCUGGCCUAGGGGGAAGGAGAGAGAGAGAUCUAAGGGGAGUGAGAGAAGUAAGGAAAAGGAGAGGGAGAGGGAGAAGGAGAAGGAAGGGGAUAGAAGCAGAGACAAGGAUCGGCACAGGCACAAGCACAGGCACAGGGAACGGGAAAGGGAUGGAGAUAGAGAGGCAAAUACGGGUAAGGAGAAGGAUAGAGACGAGGAGCAGAGGAAGGGACAUGGGGAUCGAGAAAAGGAGAGGGAGGGAGGAAGAGAAAGGUCGAAGGAGAAGGAGAGGGAUGGGGAGAGGGACAAGGAGCGCAGUAAAGAGAAAGACAGAGAUAGGAGCAAGGAGGGUGAAAUUUCAGGUGAAUAUUCAGGUGUUCAAAUAGUGAGGGAGGAGAGCAAUGCUAAUAGUAUAGCAGGGUCAGCAACGCAUAGUCAGCAUAGGCAUGGGCGAGAGAACGGGAAGGAGCAGGAGAGAUCGAGGCAUGGGCAUUCGCACAAGGAGGGGGAUAAGGAGCGGGAGAAAGGAGACGGGAAGAGUAGGCAUAGGAGCAGAGAUAAGGAUAAGGAGAGAGAUAGGGAGAAGGAUAGACAUAAAGAGAAGGAUAGGCAUAGGGAGAAGGAUGGAGAUAGAGAGAAGGAAGAGCGUGGGGAGGAGAGGGAUAAGGAGAAAGGUAGGAGCAGUGGGAAAGACAGGAGCCGGAACAAGGAGAAGAGCAGAGGGGAGGAUAGAGGUAGGGAUAGGGAAGAGAAGGAUCGAGAUAAGGACGCGAAGGAAGAGGAGGGAGGUGGUGAAAGAGACAAGGACAGGGAGAGGAGGAAGGAGAGGGAAGUGGAGAAGAGAAAGGAGAGGGAGAGGAGAAGGGAUAGGGAGAAGGAGAAGGAGAAGGAGAAGGAGAAGGAGAAGGAGAAGGAGGGGAAGGAAGGAAGGGGGAUGUUUGAGAGGGAACAUAGCCACAGCUCCAGGAGCAGAGGCAGGGAGAAGGACAGGGACGGCAAACGACACAAGGAAGGCGAAAAGAGCAGAGAAAGGGAUAGGGAGAGGGACAAGGAGAAGGACAGAGAGAGGGGCAGAGAGAAGGGCAGGGAGAGGGAGAUGAAUAAGGAGAAGGUGAAGGAGAAGCAGGGGAGUGGGACGAUUGAAAGCGGCAUGAGCAGGAGUGCGUCUGUUGAGCAUAAGAGCGGUGCUCGAUCGUCCAGCCACAGCAAGAGUGGGGGUAGGGAGGGGAGGGAGGGGAGGGAGGAAAGAGGAGAGCAGCAGGAGGGGCUUGAAUCGCGGGAGCAAAAGCAGCAGCAGGAGGAGGAGGAGGAGGAGCAGCAGCAGCAGCAGCAAAUGGAGCAGCAGACGCAAGGGGUACGUACAGUUGCUGCUGCUGGUGGUGGUGCUGCUGCUGCUGCUGGUGCUGGUGCCUCAUCUAUGGAGGCGGACGUGCAGUCACAGUGCCUAUCCGUGCUCGGUUCUGCUCAACGUUUCUCAACUCACGAAGGUAAAGAAGACACAGCAACAGCUGCAGCAGCAGUAGCAGUAGCAGCAGCAGCAGGUGCAGCAUCACCAACAACAACAUCAACACCAGCUUCACCUGCGACGCUUGCAGCAGCAGCAGCAGCAGCAGGGGGCGAGGAGAGGCCUAAGAGCCCGGGGCCCAGGGUGAGCCUGGAGAGGAGGGAGAGGAGGCGCGAGCGCAGCCGCUCCUGGAUCGACGAGCUCCUACCUGAUACAGGUUUAGUAACAUUCGAAGAGUCUAGCGUGGGAGGGGCGGGGGGGGUAGGGUUGGAGGGAGGAAUGGGACAGGGAGGAGGUGUGGACGCAUUUGGGCUGGACCUGCUGGCUACUGCUGCAGGGACGGAGUUUGCUUUUCUGGUAGAGGGGACUGGCAAGGAGGGUGUUGGGAGUGGUGCUGGGAGCGGUGGGCUCGGUGUGGGGGAAGGGGGUUAUGGGGAUGCCGCACUAGGAGUGGGAGCGGCAGGGGCAGCAGGGGCAGCAGGGGCAGCAGGGGCAGGUGCACCAGCAGGGGCAUCGAGAGAGGGCAGGAGCGAGGAGGUGCUCGAUGUGAGGAGGCUGUCUAGGAGGAUAUCUGGUGGGCUUGGAGGGUUGGUGGCAAGGGGAGCAGCGGAAGCAGGCGUGUGGAGCAGGCAUGUGCGGCAGGGGAGCAGGGGCAGCAGUGGCGGCGGGCUGUCUCCUUCUUCCUCUUUGCUUUCUCUUGACGACUCUCCUUCUGCCUCUGCUGCCGCAUUGCCCCCCUCCCACCCUGCCUUAUUCUCGUCCCCCCAGCUCUUGCCACCCCCUGUGCGUCCAUCUUCUGCUGCUAGUCACAGGCGCCUGGGGUCUAUAGGAGAGAGGGAGGGAGAGGGAGAGGAAGGAGGAGAGGGGAGGGAAGAGGACAGGGGGGAGGGGGUUUCAGGAGGGAACCAAGGUGGCGUGGAUGGGAGCGGGUUUGGCAGCAGCAGCGGCCGCGGCAGCAGCAGUGGUGGAAGGAGUAUGCGCAAGACUGCAUCAGGUGGGGGGGCGGAUGCAAGCAGUGGUAUGGGUUUGCUGGGUCCCCGCUGGUUUGGUGUCGGCAGCAGCAGCGGUGGUAGUAGCAGCAGCAGCACCAUCAACGGCAUCAGCAGCAACAGUGGCAGCAGCGGCAGCAGCGGCAGUGGCAGUGGCAGUGGCAGCAGCACCAGUGUUGCUGCCGGCGCUGCUGGUGGGCUGUCAUUACCCCAAGUCUCGAACCAUCGUACUGACCUCUUCAAAGGAGCCAAGCAGUUUCCUGCAUCUGCUACCACCACCACCAUCACUAGCACCACUAGUACUACUCCUGCUCAUUCCUCCACUCCGCCUGCUCCUAUCACCUCAGCACGAGCUAAUUCCCUCCAUGCGUCCCCCCCCACCGUUCGCUCCUCCUCCCCCUACUUCCCGUCCUCCCGCUCCCUGUCCUCCCGUGCUGUGCAUCCCCAUCCCCAUCCCCAUCCCUAUCCGCGCUCUGCCUAUUCUGCGUACUCUCCCCCCCACCCUCCCGCUGCGCACACUCGAGCGGCCUCGGUAGCUUGUGAUCCUGAGUCCUCCCCCUGGGCAGGUGAGUAUGGAAGGAGAAGCUACCGCGAGCAGCCUCGAGAGGAGGUUUACGAGGAGGAUUAUGAGGAAAACUAUGAGUCGACCCUUGGGGGUGCGUUCGGAGUGAGGGAGAGAUUUGCACAGGAGAGAGGGGAGCGAGGGGAUGUGAUGGCAAGGGGUUAUAAGGGAGUGGGCGGGUCGAGACGGAGGGACGAGGAGGAUUAUACGGAGAGAGGUAGGAGGGGGAGAGGAGAGAGCUGGGAGGGGAGAGGAGAGGGGUGGGAGGAUGAGAGGGAAGAGGUGAUGAGGGGUGAUGCCAGGCGGGUUAGAGGGGAUGUGGGCGGAAGGAGGAGACUGGGAUUGGGGAAGAGGGAAGAAGGGAAGGGGGUCUGGGGUGUUGACGCGUCAGGACUCAAGUUGGAGAGACGGGACGGGUUGAGAGGGGUAUCGAUGACUCGACAGGCAAGAGCAGAUAUGGGAUGGCCGCUUGGGGAGAACGGAGAGGAGGAGGAGGCCAAGGAGGGAGAGGGAGGGGAUGAGGAGGAGGAGGAAGAAGGGGUGGAGUACGGUUGUAUGGAUGGGUAUCGGGCAGAGGAGGAAGAGGUGAUGGGGAAGUAUAGAACAGAGAGCCAGGUUUUGACAGUGUACCGUGGUGAUGGGGAUGAUGCUGAUGCUGAUGGUGAUGACGAGGGGGAGUCUGAGGAGGGAGAGGAGGAGGGAGGGGAGGGAGGGGAAGGAGGGGAAGGAGGGGAAGGAGGGGAAGGAGGGGAAGGAGGGGAAGGAGGGGAUGAUUUCGGAUCGGAUGAUUAUGGGGAGGACAGUGAGUUUGGGUCUUCACUGGACGAGGAGUUAGAGGAGGAGUUAGAAGAGUUGAGGCGACGGAGGGCGGAGGCCCAGAGGAUUCUGGAGGAGGGCGAGGUGGGUGCGAUGGUGGGGGAGGAGGAGGAGGAAGAGGAAGAGGAGGAGGGAGGAGAGGAGAGUGAGCAGCAGGAGGAGCUGGAAGACGGGGAAGAGGACGACAGUGAGUCACUUCCUGACGAGAUGAUGUUUGUGCGCUCCCUAUCCACGCUCCGCCGCCCGGAGAUCGGGCAGACCUGCAGCUCUGUACGCGCUAGCAGGUACGCUUAUAGAGAGUUCGGCGUGAUUGCCAAGGCCAGGGCGGAGGCGCAGGAGGGCAGGAGCCAUUGGUCCUGGCUCUUUGCGAAGUACAUGGAUGAGGUAGUGCGCUUAGUGGUGGGUUGUGCGGAGAAGGCGGAUGUGAGGAGGAGGAGAGAAAGGAAGCUGAGGAGGAGGAUGGGGGGAGGAGGGGGGGAUGGGAGGGAUGGGGUCGAGGAGAGUGGGGCGGAGGACGAGGACGAGGAGGGGGGGCCCAAACCACAGGCUUUGGUGUUUGGGGGUGUGGGAGGAGACAGCAAGAGAGGAGGAGAGGGUGGGAGGGGUAGCGGAGAGGGAACAGGAGAAGCCAAAGCAGGAGAACCAGAGGAGCCUAGCUUCCCAGAGCCAUCUGACUGGCUAGAGAGUGCAGUACCUGUGGCUAGAAUACCCCACCGCAACAGAGACUGGUCCGUAGCAUCUGCCCUGCGGGAAUUCGAAGGAGUGAAGCGCAAGUUUCACAGCACGGCGUCUGAGGCUGAGAAGCUCUCCAAGGGGCACGCUGAGAAGGUUCUCCCCACGGGACUGGCGGUCUGGCUAAGGUACUGGCAGCAGUGGGGAGAGGAUCGGCCGGACUGGGCUGCGGAGAUUGAGGGAAUGAGAGUGGAGGAGGAGAGGACGGGGAUAGAGGAGGUGGUAGAGGAGGGAGAGGAGGGGGAAGAGGAAGAGGAGGAGGGGGAAGCGGGAGAAGUAGGGUUUAGUAGGAGCUUAAGGCUCCAAAGCAACCCCCGUCGGCCCCCCCUUUCCAUUUCCAGCCCUGGAGCCGCUUCUUCUUUCGCUGACCUCUCCCCUACAGCAGCCGCUGUGGCAGCAGCAGCAGCAGCAGCAGCAGCGGCAGGGUCACCAGGGAAAGGGAUCGUUGGAGGAGGAGCAGGAAGAGGGGGGACUACAACCGGCGGGUUUGCCUCCCCUUCGGCGUCCUCUCUCCCGUCUCCCAAGUACCCCGGCUCUAGGUGGGGACCGCAGGGCUCUCUCCAGCUGAGGCUGGCGACUGAGGCGCUGGCAGGGGGCCAUUUGCAAGCGGCUACUUGCCACCAGGAUGAGGUGCUUCUGUUUGUGGGCCUCGCGGCCUCUAUAGCCUCAUGGCAGCCGUCCACUGCUGCCAUGUGCCUUCUCCAUCUUCUCGACCGCCUGGCGUUUCUGGAGUCUGCUUCCGCGGCUGCUGCGGCUGCGGCGUCGGCAGCGGCUGCAGCAGCAGAAGCGGCAGCGGCGAGGGUAGCAGGGGUGCCCAAGAGUAUUUCUGCCGAUGCUGUCGGUUUGGCGUCCCGGCCUGCGACGGCUGGGCCGUAUGUUGUGAGAUCUGCUUCGGCGACGUCGCUCGCUGCUGCUGCUGCUGGCAUGGUUGCUGCUGCUGCUGCGGGUGUUUCCGCAGGUGUGGCAGCUGCAGCAGCAGCAGCAGGAGGCUCAUCCCCCCCUCCUACUCUGCGGCCCAACACCCCCAUGCUCCCUCCCACUCCUGCUGCUGCUCCUCCGUCCCCUAUAGCUCUCUCCCCCGCCCCUGCCCCUCUUCCUCCCCCUGCCCCUGCUCCUGCCCCUGCUCCUGCUCCUGAAACCCCCACGUCAUUUUUCAGCUUCAGACGGCUAGCUCCUGGGUUUGCAAAAGCAGCCAGUGCAACAGGAGCAGUAGCAGGAGCAGGAGCAGGUAGCAGCGUGAGUAGCCCAGGAGUGAGCACCCCCACGUCCCCCACGCACUCAUCAGUGUGGCCCCCUUGGAAAGACGCAACGUCUUGGAAAGACACUUCUUCUGUUUCUUCCUCCUUAUCCUCCUCCUCCAUGCCUCGCCCCUCAACUGCUGCUUGCUCUCCCUCUCGUAACGCUCCCCCCCCUGCCCCACUGUCCCCUAUUCCUGCCUCCCCUGUCGCCUCAUUUUGGGGCCAGCAGCAGCAGCAGCGGCCGGCUACUGCUGGUGGGUUUCGCCUGCUCGCUCCUUCUACCCCCAUCGCUACCCCACGCCACAACCCAGAGCAAUUCCACAUGCCGAAUCCUGCUGCAGGUGCUGGUGGUGCGGCUGGUGCGGCUGGUGCUGCUUCGUACUCUGCUCCCACCUCCCCUACUGGGAGCAACAGCGGCACUGCUGCUGCCCCCCCUGCUUCUCCUAUGCCAGCUCCCUCCACGCGCCCCGCUCCUCCCCCCACUGUCCCUGGCCUCCCCGCAUGGCUGGAUCUCCUGCCGUCCCCCCAUCUCUCUGCAUGCCGCAUGUUUGUUAGCCGGUGCCUGAGAGCCGUGCUUACUGGCUGCUUUGAUCGGGCCGGCCCACUGGCUGUUAGGGGUGCUGCUGGCGCCAAGAAAGCUGCUGCUGCUGCGGCGGUGGCUGCUGCGGCGGUGGCUGCUGCGGCAGGGACGGGGAUGGGGAGAGGAGUGGGAUAUGCAGGGAUGGGUGGGGCAGGAGGGGUACAGGUGAAGAAGGGGAAGAAGAAGGGGAAGAAGAGGGGGAAGCGAGGGAUGGGUGGGAGUGAUGGAGUAGGGGGAGGGUUUGGUGGUGCGAGGGGCAGCAGCAGGGCUAUUGGUGCUGCUGCUGCUGCUGCUGCUGCUGCUAGUGGUGGCACAAACGGUGAUAACAAUGCUGAUGGCACGACCAGCAGCAGCAGGAAGGACGACCAUGACGAGAAAGGGAGCAAUUCCAAUGAUGAUGAUGAUGAUGAUGACGACACUGACAGUGAGGAGGAAGACGAGGAGGAGGAGGAGGAAGAUGAGGAGGAGGAGGACGACGAGGAUGAGGAGGAGGAUAGCAGCAGCAGCGGCCUCCCUCCCAUCUGGUCCCCGCCCCCCCUCUCCACCCUUGCCGAAACCACUCUAGCCGAAGGCAUAGCCCGAGCCAAGCACAGCAACCUCGCCGAGCGAUGCCAGGAGAUUGACCGCCUGUACUACUCCUUCGACCUCGGCCCGGGUCUCCUGGCGUCGAACCUCUCAGCGGAAGCAAGAGAGCUCAGGCACUUGCAUCCAGCGGAUCUACUAGCCUUGGCCGCACAUCUCACUCGCAUGAGCUUACACGAGCCCGCCUUUCACUUGGGCUUACGGGCGGUGUCAUCCGGUCGACUGACCGUGGCGCAUUUUAAGCAGGUGCUCCGUAUGGUGUUUGCCAGCGGGGGGACGGAGACUUUCAGUGCUCGGUUUGCUCGUCUGGCCACGACAGUGAAAUCGGCUGCUCUGGCGCCGCCCGCUACGGCUGCCACUGCGACUGUUACCGCGGUUACUGCAGCGGUUGCGACAGCAGCAGGGGUGGAUGUGGCUCUCUUGCCGCAGCCGCCGUCGCCGCCCCCCGCGUCGGUUUAUAUCGGGAUGUUUGCCGAUGCUCUGUUGCGUGGCAAGGCCACGAGACGGCACCACCCAUGGGCGUACGAAGUCACGCUCAACUUUCUGAGAAUGAACCUGAGAGCUGCUGCUGUGGGGAUGCGAGCGGGGGCCCUGGAAGCACUAGAGCAGGAGUUGCUGGCUCAGGUGACUCUGAAUCGGUGGCUGGGUCGCGGCCUGUCAAGCAUGCUGUCAGGGGGGCUAGUGCCUAUGGAGCAGGGGGAGGAGAAGGCCAUAGAGGUGAUUGAGGAGAUGGUAGCACCGCAGGCGGCUCUGGGAUGGGGCGUGUGGCUGCGCGUGGGCCGGCUGGUGGAAGGCGAGAGGAAGAGGCUGCCGGUGUUGCUGGAGUCAAUGCAAGUCAAGUCAGUCAUGCACACGUACAAGGGCAUAGACGAGAACGGGGAGUCGUCCGACGCUCUGUUGCUGGCGGUGUUUGACUGGGGAGCAAGGGGGCUUUGCAAGCAUCUGCCGCAGGACGACCCCGCAGCGGCGCUGCUGGAAGUCAUCUACCCCCUCGACGAGGAGCGCGUGUCGCUCGUGCUCUCGCUCUCCGCUCGCAUCGCUGCCACGCACGCGCAGGGGGAUGCGGGGAAAUGGCCUGGCGUGGACGCGCCUGUGCUUGUGGCGCAACUACUUACCUUAGCGGAGCAAUGGCGCAUGGACAGCCGGCAGAUGUCGCGGGCUGUGAACGUGGCAUCGCUGCUGUGGGGCUGGGCGCUACCCAAGAGACAGCAGCUGCUGCAGCAAUGCGGGUCUGCCGACGAGGCCAGGGAGGUGAUGGAGCGCAGUGCUGCGUCCAUCUGGCGCUCCGUCGCGAGUUCCAGUGCUGCCAACGGUGGGUCGAUCAGGAGAUGAGAUGAGACAUUGAGAGCUGGUCAACAGCACACAUUUCAACACACAGCCAUACCUUGCAUAUCAGGCAGUCACCUCUUAUCCUCCGCCCGGGCCUUCCCCCAUCGGACCUUCCCCCACCGGACCUUCCCCCACCGGACCUCCCCCCGCCUAACCUCCCCACUUCACCCCCCCUCCGGACCUCACACAUCUGCAGUGUCUUAUUCAACCCGUGGAUCCGCACCUCCCCACCGUCUGAAGUUGGGAGGCACGCACACCCUUCGACCUCCACCUGACCCCCACACCUGACCCCCACACCUGAUAACCACACCCACUCCUAACAUUGCAUCCACGCUCUGCGGUUGGGGCCUCACCAGAUUUCAUGGGAUUUCCCAUCCCAGAGAAACCUCGCUCGCUCUCUACUCACCCUCACUAAUGCCACCUUCUAUCAUUGCUGAUGUCACCAUCUCCUCUGCUGACAUCACCAUCUCCCUUGCUGACAUCACCAUCUCCCUUGCUGACAUCACCAUCUCCCUUGCUGACAUCACCAUCUCCCUUGCUGACAUCACCAUCUCCCUUGCUGACUUCACCAUCUCCCUUGCUGACAUCACCAUCUCCCUUGCUGACAUCACCAUCUCCCUUGCUGACAUCACCUUCUCCCUUGCUGACAUCACCAUCUACCUCUGCUGACACCACCCUCUCUCCGUUCUGCUCAAGGAACCCCACACGCACCCACCUGGCUGAUCUGGCCUUCUGACAGCGAGCUAUAUAUCCUCCAAGGAGGCUCCUACCGGUAGGAACCCGCUGCUUUUGGGCACGAUAAAGACGUGGCAGCAGAUGGGAGCAGCAGAGGAGAGGGUCACAAGAUAGGGUAGGAAAGAUGAGAGCGCGCAAGAGACAGAGAGACAGAGGUACAGAGAUAGAGACCGAAAAGGGGGAGUGAGGGACAGAGAGAUAAAUAGCUUUCCUUGUACAGCUGUCCUAGCUUUCCUUGUAGAGAUCCUUCCAGGUUCCGCUCUAACAGCCCCUCCGCCCUCCCCGGUACAGUCCCUGACCCUCGAGUAGCCAGCACCUACGCCCCCCUCUUCCAUCAAGCUUCCCCCAGUAGCAGGAUCAUUGGCUUCUCUUCAGUCUUCAACACAGCAUCCUUUUGGAUCGUCUCUAAAGAGAUGGCUGCGGUACCCUGUUCUGCAGCAGGCCCUGCUCUAUGACUGGUUGACAGAGCAACAGCAGCAGCAGCAGCAGCAGCAGGCCAGAGCAGAGGAAUGUAAAGCCUAACACAGCCUAUCGCACACGCGUGUGUCGGGUGUUGAUCUGAUCUGACGAGUUUUCCACUCCACCUCUUUCCCCCACCACCCAAUUUUGACUGGGCUGAAUUGCCUGGCCACGUACGUGGCUACCAGGCGGCUAGGCUAGUAGGUGGCUUCAGAAGAAGACACAGCAUGCAUGCAGCACAGCGCAGCGCAGCACAGCACAGCACCACUUCUCCCUCAAGAAGCGCUUAGCUCCCUCCCCGAGCGUACUCUUGCUGGCAAUGUGCGUUGUGUUUUUGCUGUGGCAUGAUCGCCCCAGCCCAGGUUUGUCACCUGAACGUUCCAGUAUGGGCAACCUGUCAACUUAUACAUAUUAGCUAUGUAGAAGUUGUAGGCUAGACUGGGGUAUGCUUCUAGCGAGUGCAACCAACUAGUAUUUGUUCUAGGUUUCUCCUUCUAGUUAAUCAUUAUUCAGUUCUUAC